UAAUUUAUAACAAAAAAUGUGUCUAUCAAAUGGAAAAUCAGCCUAGCGUGUAUGAUUUAUUAAAAAAUAAAUCCCAUUUAAAUUCAGCUUAUUCCCGUGCUAAUUAUUUUAAUAACCUAACUGUGGUUGUCGCACUGCCAUUGACUUUUGCGAUCGUAAACAAAAAGCUUUCAAAAUUAAAAUAAACUAUGACAGAUGUGAUUUAAUCGCACCCGAAUUAAACCGACAAAUGUGACAUCAGACCUGCGUUAAUCAGUUCUACUAUGUAUUUCUUCUUUUAUUUGUUUUAUUUGCUUUGUGAAAACUUCCUUCACUCUAACAGAACAAAAAGCAAUCAAUCUUUUUGCGAACCUCUCUCACACGUCCUAAGUAAGCGUAAUUUAUGCGAUUUCAUUUAAUCGCCAGCAUGUAGAGCAAAUAAUCGUUCGUCACUCCAGAUUUGGCUGCUUUCCGCAUAGCUACCAAUUAAGAGAGUUCAGUUCAGUUCACUUCACGGUUAGCAUUACCCACUACAUACUACCCAUUAACCAUUAACCAUUAACCAUUAACCAUUUACCAUUUACCAUUAUGUUGCUUCAUUCUGCUUCCACCAUUUGAUACAUGCCCCCCAAGGUCUAUGAAGUGGCCAACUAAUGCGCUAGAAUCGCGUAAACAAAACAUUUCGUACGCUCAACGCUUUCUAUUUUUUGUCUACUCCAUUUUUUGGUCCCGUUUAAGCCGGCGGCGACAGGCGUAGUAAGCCUUAUCUUAAUUAUAGAUCAAUUAUGGUAGUGGGUCUGCCUACCAUACACCACCAGCCAAAUGUAUUUCCAAGCGCACAUCAUUAAUUAUAAGUGCAAACUGAAGUCAGCCAUAUGGGAAAGCUGAAGGGCAAGCGCCAAAUGCCAAAUGCAAAAUGGCAAUGGAACUCCGAAUUAACUAAUGCGACUCGCAACUGACUCGCAGCUGUUCACAAAUGCUUGGACCAAUUUGUUGGACAAGUACCACUGUUUAUUGAAUCAAAGCCAGCAGGAAUGCAUUUAAAUACAUUUUUAAUAAGUAAAAUAAACAAACCAGCACGGCGAUAUAGCCGCAACUCGACUUCACACAUUAUUUCGUAUGCAAAAUAAAAACAAGCGAUGGAGGUAUGGAUGUCCCGCGGUGAUUAUUUCGCAUUAUUUUCUACAAAUUGCACAAUUACAAUCAAAGUAUACGGCCUGGCGUAAAAUGACUGAUUAAUGUCAGUACCCCACCCCCACACUUCCGAAGUACCCCUUUCAACCCACAAAAAACAAAUAAUGCCAAAUGAGAGCUGGCGAACAGAUGUGCGCCGAUAUUGAAUUUAUAUGUUUCCUAUACAAAAUAAUAAUAAUAAUUAUUUUUAAUAAUUACUGCUCUGGGGCCGCAAUGUGUGCCAUUUGAUGGCCAUCGUUAGUAUGAUGACUGACGCCUUUCGGAGGGGAUUACUAGUAUUAUGCUGUCUGGUUUUGCCGAUACUACGGCAGCCAACUAUGGCAACCCGCGAUUUCGAGAUACGUUGGCGGGACAUCAACUGUUCGGUCAUUGACCCCACUACUGCGGAGGUCUUCAAGUGCGAUAUUGUGGAAAUGCCGAAGAAGCAGGGCAAUUUCCUGAACACCUUGCUGCGACUGCGCCGAUCUAUCCCAAAAAUGUGGGUGGAGCUGAGUGUGGGCCAGUUCGCCAAUCGAAAGGACCGUCUCCUGCAGCAACUUUUUAAAAUUCGAGUGGAUGGCUGUCACCUGAUAGCAUUUCGCAGCAAGAACCGAGUUCUGAAUGCCGUGCUCCAAAAACUCUUGCAAUCGGGAAAUUAUCCAGAUGCCUGUCCCCUAUUGGAGAAUGUCAACUAUACGUCCACGCGAUUCGCCCUCAAUCCGGAUCACUUUCCGGCCUACAUGCCGGACAUGAAGUUCAACACGAAAUUGGUCUUUCAGCUGAGCAGGAGUAUGGGUCUGAUCAGGGCCAGUGUGGAUGCCGAGGUGAUGAGACGAUCGUAAGGAGAAAAUAAUUUUGAACAAAGCACGAAAAAUAUGAGGAAAACCAAAUCACAUAAACCAGGGGCAAAUACCUACAUCAAUAUAUUUGUGCGUUUCCAUGACUAACUCGAAUGACUAAUAACUUUGGCAUGGGCUCUAUUCGCCGGUACACAUUCAGAUUAGACUCCUAUCUGGGCCACUUGGCAUUUGGCAUUGGGUAAAGGUGGAAAAGUUAUUACUUGUGGAUAAUAAAUGAAUAUCUAUUGAACCCGAGAGAUUUCACUGUCAUGACUUUCAAAUUCUAAAUUUGGUGUUGAUCCCGUUUUCUUCAAGCCCCAUGAUUCAUGCUCGAGGAAUGCGGCAUCAGACUGCUUGACUGAUUUCUGCACUUCUCUGCUAAUUACUAUAAAUACAAGAGCUUUAUCCAUAUUUUACGAGCUUUGGCUGGUAUCAGAAAUCAGAUUAAAAUAAAUAUGUUUAUACAGGCGAUUAACCGAUUUCUGCACUCUAUUUUAAGUUUAUGAUUGUGCUACUAUCUUAAUUCUUCAAAAGC